AUGGUAACAAUGGAUCAUCAAGACGAGAAAGACAAAAGAGUAAAAAUUCAGGUGGAAGGGGAAGAUGAAUUAGGCGAAGGUGAAGUUGGUAGAAGAAAAAUGAAACGGUUUAUAUUACCAAAUCUACCUCGUUGGUGGCAAGCGAAGAUCAUACAAUAUGCCUUUGCCCACCCUCAUGUACGUGCCCGACUUGAGAAGCAUAUGGGCUCCAAUCUCGUUCGGCUGACGGACAAGACUUACAUGACCGAAUUAGAGGAAAGGAUCCGCUCGGUGAAUGAAGAAAACCUCAACAAAAGGAUAUCCAUGAGAGUUCUCGAUGAGAUGGAAAGACUGAAACGACUGAUACUUGUUGGAAAAACGCCUCUUAAAGAGUGUCCUCCCGAGUUGCUUCAUCAUCCCGUUUUCGUUUUCUGGCGAAUGGUUAACAAAGAAGUUGCUAAGGCAUCAAAGAAAAGAGCAGAAGCUUAUUACAGAAAAUUAAAGGCGUCACAAAAACUUGAUCAGACAAUGGAAGAAGAGACUGAACCUGAGGAAAUUGACGAAGAAUCUGAAAAACUUACACCCCAACAAUUACUUGCUAAAUGUCAUGAAGAGUUGGAAGAACGUAAAAUAGCAGACAUCGGGAGAGGCGUUCGUUUCACUGAAGAACAAUUUGCGCAACUCAAAUACGAGACCAACGACAUUAAAACACUGAAAAAUCUUACGACCGUGGAAGAGUUGUAUGCGCUGGCUGAUAAAAUCAUUGGUACAAAACGUCUGUGA